GAAUCUGGGCGCGGACCGAGGGCGGGGCCGAGGAGCCACCGCGGCGGAAACCGGCCCGGCGGCCUGGGAGGCGGGAGGGGACAGCUAGGGGGCUGUGUGCCGCGCCCGCCCGCGCCCUGUCGGGACUGCGGACCUUGGCGGCUGGACUUAAACUGGCACUGACUGCGGUCUCCGUGCGUACCGCAGGAGCGGAGCCCGCGCCGCUGCGCUGGGGCGGCGGGCAAUGAUCACCUAGGAGGCUGGCGCGAGCGGCACACGAGCCGGGCGCGGCGACACGCGGCCAUGGAGCAGGAGCUCGCAGUGGCGGAGGAGCCGGCAUCCCCGAGGCGGCGACGCCCGCGGCGACGGCGCUGGGAGGGCAGGACGCGCACCGUGCGCUCCAACCUGCAGCCGUCCCUGGGCGCCGAGGACCCUGCGGCCGGGGCCUCCAAGGGCGAGCGGCUGCUCACACGCGGGUGCGUCCAACACCUGGCGGACAACCGGCUGAAGACCACCAAGUACACGUUGCUUUCCUUCUUGCCCAAGAACCUCUUCGAGCAGUUCCACCGCCUGGCCAACGUGUACUUCGUCUUCAUUGCGCUGCUCAACUUCGUGCCGGCGGUGAACGCCUUCCAGCCGGGCCUGGCGCUGGCGCCUGUACUGUUCAUCCUGGCGGUCACUGCAAUCAAGGACUUGUGGGAGGACUACAGCCGCCACCGCUCCGACCACGAGAUCAACCAUCUGGGCUGCCUUGUCUUCAGCAGGGAAGAAAAGAAGUAUGUGAAUCGAUACUGGAAAGAAAUCCGCGUGGGCGACUUCGUGCAUCUUCGCUGUAAUGAGAUCAUACCUGCGGACAUUCUACUACUGUCCUCCAGUGACCCGGAUGGGCUGUGCCACAUUGAGACUGCCAACCUAGACGGAGAGACCAACCUAAAGCAACGACAGGUGGUCCGUGGCUUCUCAGAGCUUGUCUCAGAAUUCAACCCUUUGACGUUUACCAGCGUAAUCGAGUGUGAGAAGCCAAACAAUGACCUGAGUAGAUUUCGUGGCUGCAUCAUACACAGCAAUGGGGAGAGGGCCGGGCUGCAUAAAGAAAACCUGCUUCUUCGGGGAUGCACCAUCAGGAACACAGAAGCCGUGGCUGGCAUCGUCAUCUAUGCAGGACAUGAAACUAAAGCCCUGCUGAACAACAGUGGGCCCCGCUACAAGCGCAGCCAGCUUGAGAGGCAAAUGAACUGCGAUGUGCUCUGGUGUGUCCUUCUCCUCGUUUUUAUGUCUCUAUUUUCAGCAGUAGGACAUGGAUUAUGGGUAUGGCGCUAUCAAGAGAAGAAAGCAUUGUUUGAUGUCCCCGAGUCUGAUGGCAGCUCUCUCUCCCCAGCCACAGCUGCGGUUUACUCAUUUUUGACAAUGAUAAUAGUUCUACAGGUUUUGAUCCCAGUUUCCUUGUAUGUUUCCAUUGAAAUUGUUAAACUAUGCCAAGUGUACUUCAUUAACCAAGACAUAGAACUGUAUGAUGAAGAGACGGACUCACAGCUGCAGUGCCGAGCUCUGAACAUCACGGAAGACUUGGGGCAGAUACAGUACAUCUUCUCAGAUAAAACUGGCACUUUAACUGAGAAUAAGAUGGUCUUCCGAAGAUGCACCGUCUCCGGCAUAGAAUAUUCGCAUGAUGCAAAUGCCCAACGUCUGGCCCGGUACCAAGAGGUGGAUUCAGAAGAGGAGGAAGUGAUAUCCAGGGUGGGUACAGUGUCCCAGCGUGGCAGCAUUGGGAGCCAUCAGAGCAUCUGGAUCACUCACAGGAACCAAAGUAUCAAAACCCAUCGGCGUACAAGCAGCCGAGCUGAGGCCAAGAGAGCCAGCAUGUUGUCUAAGCACACAGCCUUCAGCAGCCCCAUGGAGAAAGACAUUACACCUGACCCUAAGCUAUUGGAGAAGGUGAGCGAGUGUGACAGGUUCCUUGCCAUUGCGAGUCACCAGGAGCACCCUCUGGCCCACCUCUCACCAGAGCUGUCUGAUGUUUUUGACUUCUUCAUUGCACUUACCAUCUGCAAUACAGUAGUUGUCACAUCUCCAGAUCAGCCACGACAAAAGGUGAGGGUGAGGCUUGAGCUGAAAUCCCCUGUGAAGACCAUAGAAGAUUUCCUUCGGAGAUUCACCCCCAGCCGCCAGGCUUCUGGCUAUAGCAACACUGGGAACCUGGCCACCAACAAGUCCAGCCACAAAUCAGGGUCCAGUGUCCUGUCCAGCCUAUCCCAGGACAGCAUGCUACUUAAGCUGGAGGAGAGGCUGGGACAGGCUGCAUCAACCCUUGCACCCAACGGCUACAGCAGCCAAGCAGGCCAGGCAGAAGGCUGGGCCCCAGAGGGCACAGGAGAGCAGAAGCACCUUGGGGAGCAGAAGCAGGGGCUGAAGCCUGAUCUAGAGCUUCGAUAUGAGGCAGAGAGCCCGGAUGAGGCAGCACUAGUGUAUGCAGCCAGGGCCUACAGCUGCACACUGGUGCACCGGCUACAAAACCAGGUGUCGGUGGAGCUGCCCCACCUGGGCAGGCUCACCUUUGAGCUCCUGCAUACGCUUGGCUUCGACUCCAUCCGUAAGAGAAUGUCGGUGGUGAUCCGCCACCCACUGACCGACGAGAUCAACGUCUAUACAAAGGGGGCUGACUCAGUGGUCAUGGAUCUUCUGCUUCCAUGUUCCUCAGAUGAUACCAGAGGAAGGCAUCAAAAAAAGAUCCGAAGCAGAACACAGCAUUACCUCAACCUGUAUGCAGUGGAAGGCCUGCGUACCCUGUGCAUUGCCAAGAGGGUUCUGAGCAAAGAAGAGUAUGCCUGUUGGUUGCAAGGCCACAUUGAGGCAGAAUCAUCUGUGAACAACAGAGAGGAGCUCCUCUUCCAGUCUGCCAUUCGCCUGGAGACGAACCUGCAUCUUCUGGGUGCCACCGGGAUUGAAGACCGCCUUCAGGAUGGAGUUCCGGAAACCAUUGCUAAAUUGCGGCAAGCUGGCCUGCAGAUUUGGGUUCUCACAGGUGACAAACAGGAAACAGCCAUUAACAUUGCAUAUGCUUGCAAGUUGCUGGACCAUGGUGAGGAAGUUAUCACACUGAAUGCUGAAUCUCAGGAAGCAUGCGCAGCCCUGCUGGACCAGUGCCUCCACUAUGUUCGAUCCAAGGGCUCCCAAAGCAGCCCUGAGAAUACAGAAAGUGAUGUGAGCAUGGGGUUCUCUUUCAACCCAGCCUCUACAUCCCCUGCCUCCGGCCCCAGCCCAAGCCUUGUGAUUGAUGGGAGAAGUUUGGCCUAUGCCCUUGAGAAAAGCCUGGAAGACAAAUUUCUCUUCCUUGCCAAGCAGUGCCGUUCCGUCCUCUGCUGUCGGUCUACCCCUUUGCAGAAGAGCAUGGUGGUGAAACUGGUCAGAAGUAAGCUCAAGGCCAUGACUCUGGCCAUAGGUGAUGGAGCCAAUGAUGUCAGCAUGAUCCAGGUAGCAGAUGUAGGCGUGGGGAUCUCAGGUCAAGAGGGCAUGCAGGCAGUGAUGGCAAGUGACUUUGCAGUGCCGAGAUUCCGAUACCUGGAGAGACUCUUAAUUGUCCACGGACACUGGUGCUACUCCCGACUGGCCAACAUGGUGCUCUACUUCUUCUACAAAAACACAAUGUUUGUGGGCCUCCUGUUUUGGUUCCAGUUUUACUGUGGAUUCUCUGCAUCUGCCAUGAUUGACCAGUGGUAUCUGAUCUUCUUUAAUCUGCUCUUCUCAUCACUUCCCCAGCUCGUGACUGGGGUGCUGGACAAGGAUGUUCCAGCCAACAUGCUGCUGAAAGAGCCGCAGCUCUAUAAGAGUGGCCAGAACAUGGAGGAAUACCGGCCACGAGCCUUCUGGUUAAACAUGGUAGAUGCUGCCUUCCAGAGCCUGGUGUGCUUUUUCAUUCCUUACCUGGCGUACUACGACUCCGAUGUGGAUGUGUUUACCUGGGGGACCCCUGUCACAGCAAUUGCGCUGUUGACCUUCCUGCUGCACCUGGGUAUUGAAACCAAAACCUGGACCUGGCUCAACUGGUUAGCCUGUGGCUUUAGCACUUUUUUGUUUUUCUCUGUGGCUCUGAUUUACAACACUUCCUGUGCAACAUGUUAUCCUCCGUCGAACCCUUACUGGACCAUGCAGACAUUGCUGGGAGACCCUCUGUUUUACCUGACUUGCCUCAUCGCACCUGUCUCUGCAUUGCUGCCCAGAUUGUUUUUCAAAGCUCUCCUGGGGAGCCUUUUUCCUACCCAGCUUCAGAUGGGACGCCGCUUGGCCAAGAAAUUCCCCAGCAAAUAUACCACUCCCAAAGAAACCUCCACUCAGGCACAACCGCCUGGAGAUCCUGAAACUGCAUUCUCGGGAAGGAGGACCAUGGGUCCCUCCGAGUCCUUACCCAAGGACCGUGCCACACAGGUUUCCCCGCUACCACAGCAGCUGGCCUGCUCACCAGAGGCCAGUGGGGAACCCAGUGCACUGGACACGAACAUGCCAUUAAAAGACGACACCUUGCUGGAGGGACUAGGCACUCAGGUCCCAGGGUCUUCUGUGCCAAGGGAGGCUGUUUCAGAAGAGUGUCCUGGGCACUCCAACGGGAAGCCCACCAGUGAGAGUCCAGCAGCCCCCUUAUCAUCCCUCUUUAACCUGCCCAGCUUCAGCUCACUCAACUGGAUCUCCUCCCUCUCGCUGGCCAGUGGAUUGGGAAGUGUCUUGCAACUCUCCAGAGGUAGUUUACAGAUGGACAAACAGGACAGCCCUCCGCAGCCAGACCAGGAUCUGCACAGCUUACAAAGACAAGUCACAGACUACUUCUAGUGUCACCUCCAAGGGGUUACAGUCACUGUGGUCACAGAGAAAACCUUGAAAUGACCUUUUUAAAAUUUUAUAACAGAUGUUUAUGUUAUUUAUGUUUAUUAUUUGCACAGAAGAGUUCUAGGGAGAUAUAUAUUUUAAAUGUUUCCAAGACUAACAUAGGAAA